AUUUUAAAAUAAAAUGUACAUUAAUGUUGAAAAGCAAAAUCUUAAAUUAGUGUAUACUACUACUUUUUUUUUAUCACCGUGAUAGAUCAUUAGAUCCUUAACCUCAAUCCCUAGAGCCUGCUUAUUGCCUUUAAGCAUUGUGCAAUCACUACCAAACACACUCAAAACUAAAUAAAUAUAAUUUAUAACUUAUCAAAUAAAAUAAAUACUAUCAAGUGUGUAUGAAAUCGAUGACAAUUUAUUUAUUACCUUAUUACCAUUUGUGUCUUGAAGUACACGUUAAGCUAUUUUUAUGUGUUAUAAAGGCUUCUUCGUCAACCAAUUACGAAAUCAAGCUUUUGAAGCUUCUCAACAAUGGCGGCUAUUCCUUCCCACAACAACCUUCUUACCAUCAACCACAAAAACUCCAUAACCGGUUCUUCUUCCCUAAAUACCAAUUUCUCAGAAAUCAAUUUUCCCGCCAAAUUCCGAGUAGCUACGAGAGCUUUGUCCAGAACCGACGAGUCGUCUUUAUCCGCCGUGAUUUCUCGCCUCGAGCGAGAAAGGCGGGAAAGACAAGGUUUAUUAAUCGAGGAAGCGGAAGGAGCUGGAGAACUAUGGAUGACGGCGGAAGAUAUUCGCCGGCGAGAUAAAAAAACCGAAGAAGAAAGAAGACUAAGAGACACGUGGCGUAAGAUCCAAGGAGAAGACGAUUGGGCCGGGUUAAUGGAUCCAAUGGAUCCAAUUCUUAGAUCGGAGCUAAUCCGUUACGGCGAAAUGGCUCAAGCUUGUUACGACGCUUUCGAUUUCGAUCCCGCUUCCAAAUACUGCGGCACCUCCAGGUUCACGCGACUCGAGUUCUUCGAUUCUCUCGGAAUGAUCGAUUCCGGUUACGAGGUGGCGCGUUACCUCUACGCGACGUCGAACAUCAAUCUCCCGAACUUCUUCUCGAAAUCGCGGUGGUCUAAAGUCUGGAGCAAAAACGCUAAUUGGAUGGGAUACGUCGCCGUUUCAGACGACGAAACGUCUCGUAACCGACUCGGCCGCCGUGAUAUCGCGAUUGCGUGGAGAGGAACCGUUACGAAACUUGAAUGGAUCGCGGAUCUAAAGGAUUAUUUAAAACCGGUAACCGAAAACAAGAUCCGAUGCCCCGACCCGGCCGUUAAAGUCGAAUCCGGAUUCUUAGAUCUCUACACUGACAAAGACACAACCUGCAAAUUCGCGAGAUUCUCAGCGCGUGAACAGAUUUUAACGGAGGUGAAACGGUUAGUGGAAGAACACGGCGACGACGAUGAUUCCGAUUUAAGCAUCACCGUGACGGGACACAGUCUCGGCGGCGCGUUAGCGAUAUUAAGCGCGUACGAUAUAGCGGAGAUGAGAUUGAAUCGGAGUAAGAAAGGGAAAGUGAUUCCGGUGACGGUGUUGACAUACGGAGGACCGAGAGUUGGGAACGUUAGGUUUAGGGAGAGGAUGGAGGAAUUGGGAGUGAAAGUGAUGAGAGUAGUGAAUGUUCACGACGUGGUUCCCAAGUCGCCGGGAUUGUUUUUGAACGAGAGUAGACCUCACGCGCUGAUGAAGAUAGCGGAGGGGUUGCCGUGGUGUUAUAGCCACGUGGGGGAGGAGCUGGCGUUGGAUCAUCAGAACUCGCCGUUUCUUAAACCUUCCGUUGAUGUUUCUACUGCUCAUAAUCUUGAAGCUAUGCUUCAUUUACUUGACGGGUAUCAUGGAAAAGGAGAGAGAUUUGUGCUGUCGAGUGGGAGAGACCAUGCGCUAGUGAACAAAGCGUCGGACUUUUUGAAAGAGCAUUUACAAAUUCCACCGUUUUGGCGUCAAGACGCGAAUAAAGGAAUGGUUCGGAACAGUGAAGGUCGUUGGAUUCAAGCCGAGCGUCUCCGUUUUGAGGAUCAUCAUUCUCCUGAUAUCCACCACCAUCUCUCUCAGCUCCGUCUUGAUCAUCCUUGUUAAUCACACGCACAUAUAUAUAAUAUACACAUUUUCCCUAAUUUGUAAAUGACGCAUCCAUCUUUUGAAAAUAAAAUGUCACAAUCAUCUCACUUGCAUGCUUUGGUCAACGUACGUUCCCUAUUAAUAAAACUUAUUACGUUUACGAGGCGAUUGGGUUGGUUACUUGGGUUAAUCAAAUGCAACGACUAAAUUAAGUAUUUUCAUUGGGAAAGAUUGGUUUUGAUCUUGCAUUUGAAAUUUUCACCUAUUAUAUAUACCCCAUCCUUUUCACUUUCGUUUCUCAUUCACACAAAAUCUUAAAAAUUUCUAAAGAGUGAAACUAAG